CAAGAUGCUUAAUGUCGUAAAGUCGAUAAACCGUGCGAAAACACCUGUUCGCACUUAUAUGAAAAAACAAGUGAGCGCAACCACCAAUUUUGAUGUCGUUGAUCACACUUUUGACGCGGUUGUUGUGGGAGCAGGAGGAGCCGGUUUGAGAGCUGCGAUGGGACUCUCCGAAGGUGGAAUGAAAACUGCCGUCAUUACGAAGCUUUUCCCCACAAGAUCGCACACAGUCGCGGCUCAAGGAGGUGUGAACGCCGCUUUGGGAAAUAUGAAUCCAGAUAACUGGCGCUGGCACUUCUACGACACUGUAAAAGGGUCCGAUUGGCUUGGAGAUCAAGACGCGAUUCACUAUAUGACUCGAGAAGCCGAAAGAGCUAUUAUUGAACUUGAAAAUUACGGAAUGCCUUUCUCGCGUACAACAGACGGAAAAAUUUAUCAACGGGCUUUUGGAGGUCAAUCUAAUGAUUUCGGUCGUGGAGGACAGGCUCACCGUACUUGCUGUGUGGCCGAUAGAACUGGACACUCACUUCUUCAUACCCUCUACGGUGCAUCUCUUCAAUACGACUGUAAUUAUUUUGUCGAGUAUUUCGCUUUGGAUUUGAUUAUGGAUAAGGGAAAAUGCAUUGGCGUCGUUGCACUGGACAUUGAAACUGGACAGAUUCAUCGUUUCCGCGCAAAGAACACUGUCCUCGCCACCGGAGGCUAUGGAAGAGCUUACUUCUCGUGUACAUCUGCUCACACUUGUACUGGUGAUGGAACCGCUCUUACCGCUCGUGCAGGUAUUCGUAAUUCUGAUAUGGAGUUUGUUCAAUUCCAUCCAACUGGAAUCUACGGAGUUGGAUGUUUGAUCACCGAAGGAUCACGAGGAGAGGGUGGAUAUUUGGUCAAUUCGCAAGGAGAACGAUUUAUGGAAAGAUAUGCACCGAAUGCCAAGGAUUUAGCGUCAAGAGAUGUUGUUUCAAGAGCCAUGACUAUGGAAAUUAAUGAAGGAAGAGGAGUCGGACCAAACAAAGAUCAUAUUUACCUUCAAUUGCAUCAUCUUCCAGCUGAACAGCUUCAACAACGAUUGCCAGGAAUCUCGGAAACCGCUCAAAUCUUUGCUGGUGUGGAUGUAACCAAAGAGCCGAUUCCAGUCAUUCCAACUGUUCACUACAACAUGGGAGGAGUUCCUACGAAUUACAAGGGACAAGUUCUCGAUUUCACACCUGAAGGAGGAGAUAAAGUGAUUCCAGGACUCUAUGCCGCUGGUGAAUGUGCAGCACAUUCAGUUCAUGGAGCAAAUCGUCUCGGAGCAAAUUCCCUUCUAGAUUUGGUUAUCUUUGGAAGAUCUUGCGCUCUCACUAUCCUUAAUGAGAACAAACCAGGAGAUUCAAUCCCGGAGCUUCCGGUAAAUUGUGAAGAGAAAUCGUGUGACAAUUUGAACGGACUUUUGCACUCAAAAGGAGAUAUUUCAUCUAUCGAAUUAAGACAAAAGAUGCAAAUGACAAUGCAGAAACAUGCUGCUGUUUUCAGACGGGGCGAUCUUUUGAAGGAAGGAGUCGAUAAAAUGUCCUCCAUCUACAAAGAGCAACAAAAUUUGAAGGCGUGUGCCGACUCUGGAAAAGUAUGGAAUUCGGAGCUUGUCGAAACUCUCGAGCUUCAGAAUUUGCUUAUCAACGCCAAUCAAACCAUCGUCGCCGCCGAAAAUCGCACUGAAUCUCGUGGAGCCCACGCUCGUGAUGAUUUCCAAGAAAGAAUUGACGAAUAUGACUACAGCAAUCCACUUGAGGGACAGCAGAAAAAACCGUUUGAUCAGCACUGGCGCAAGCAUUCCAUCAUCGGUAUCGAUACGAAAACUGGAGCUGUUGAUUUGACAUACCGCCCAGUUAUCGACAAAACUCUCGAUAAAUCUGAAACCGACUGGGUUCCACCAAAGGUCCGAUCGUAUUAAUUCGUUGUUUUGUUCUUCUUUGUUCACAUAAUUGUGUUCGAGCUGUAUGUUUUUUUCUUUUGUGUGAAAUUUAUUUGUUUCCUGAUUAGAAUAAAGUUUAUUGAAUUU